UUUAAAUGCGACUGCCGGUGUGACGUCAUCGUCCUGCGCCACGCGCGAGAGAGAGAGCCCGGUGGUAAAACGGCAAAGUCAAGCGAGAUAGGCAGUGAAAUAUCAACCGACAGCUUAAUACGCUAAACUGUGUGUGAGAGGUGCGUGAAGAUGAACAGUGUCGGCGAGGGCUGCACGGAGCUCAAGCGCGAAUAUGACCAGUGCUUUAACCGCUGGUUUGCAGAGAAAUUCCUGAAGGGAGACCGAAGCGCGGAUCCCUGCAGCGAGCUAUUCAACAAAUACCACACGUGUGUUCAGAAAGCCAUCAAGGAGAAGGACAUCCCUAUAGAGGGUGUGGAGUUCAUGGGCCCGAACAGCGAGAAAGCAGACAGCUGAUGCUCAUCUCACUGUGACUGAUGUUGGUUUAUCUUUGUUUUAAUGUGAUAAAGACAGAUGUGGCGCCAUCAUCAGGACGCAAAGACUGCAGCGCUGGCCUUCUGAUGGACAUCUGGAUUAAGUGCACAUUGAUGAGACUGAAAACUCUACAUUUGGUUAUUUGCCUGUUCAAUCAUUAUAAAAGAGGGAUCGUUUGGCAUGUGGGGAAAUGCAUUCAGAUCAUUCGAUCAGCUGUGUGUUUGGGUUUCAUGUGCCUCUGAAUUAUUAUUAUUUUUAAUGUAGAGUAAGGCACGGUGUACAGAUGAAGUGUGGGUGCUUUAUUUUCAUUGCAGACUAAUCAUUGAUGAGAGCAAUUGUUUUAUUUCUGCUUCCAUAACCGUGAUUUGGACACUACCAUUUUGGGAAGAGGGAGUGUAAUGGUGUUUAUAUUUAAAUAAAUAAUUCAAGAGAUAAUUAACAGAUUUAAGUUAUGAGUAGGAGAAUCAAAGCUUUCUGGAACUUAAAAUAAAGCGUGCCGAAUGAUAGUUCUGAAAUGUCUGGUGAACUCAAACAUGCAUAAAAUGCCUUUUGCAAAUCAACUGCAGAUGAUUUUUGAAGGUGUUAUCUAUGAAAUGCAUUUAAUGAUUAAAUAUGAAUUGUCUAUUUUAUGUGUGUUAUAUAUAAUUUAGUACAUUUUAAGGCAGUGGUUCUCAAACUUUUUUCC